AUGUCGGAGGACGAGAAGUUGCUCAAGGAGGCGAAGAAAUUGCCGUGGGAGGAUCGCCUGACGCACAAGAAUUGGAAGGUGAGAAAUGACGCGAAUAUUGAUUUGGCGGCCGUCUGCGACUCCAUAUCUGAUCCCAAGGACCCGCGGCUCCGUGAAUUCGGUCCGUUUUUCCGGAAGACCGUGGCGGAUUCCAAUGCGCCCGUUCAGGAGAAAGCUCUGGAUGCCCUCGUUGCGUUUUUGAAAGCUGCGGAUGCUGAUGCUGGAAGAUACGCGAAGGAGGUAUGCGAUGCAAUAGUGGCAAAGUGCCUGACUGGAAGGCCCAAAACAGUAGAAAAGGCACAGAUGGCAUUUAUGCUCUGGGUAGAGUUGGAGGCUGUUGAACCUUUCCUGGAUGCUAUGGAGAAAGCAAUAAAGAACAAAGUUGCUAAAGCUGUAGUCCCAGCAAUAGAUGUCAUGUUUCAGGCGUUAAGUGAAUUCGGGUCAAAGAUAGUACCGCCAAAAAGAAUGUUGAAGAUGCUUCCAGAACUUUUUGAUCAUCAAGAUCAGAAUGUUCGUGCCUCUUCGAAAGGCCUGACACUAGAGCUUUGCCGUUGGAUAGGAAAAGAUCCUGUCAAAUCUAUAUUGUUCGAAAAAAUGCGAGAUACAAUGAAAAAAGAGUUGGAGGCUGAGCUUGCGAAUGUAAUUGGAACAGCAAAGCCCACGCGUAAAAUCAGGUCCGAGCAAGACAAGGAACCUGAACCAGAAGCUGUUCCUGUAGCAGCGGGAUUGGGGCCUGCUGAAGAAAGUGCAGCUGAGGUGCCACAAGAGAUUGAUGAGUAUGAACUUAUUGAUCCAGUUGAUAUAUUGACACCUUUAGAAAAAUCUGGAUUUUGGGAAGGAGUGAAAGCUGCCAAAUGGUCUGAGCGGAAAGAGGCUGUUGCAGAACUAACCAAACUUGCAUCUACUAAGAAGAUUGCUCCGGGAGAUUUUUCGGAAGUUUGUCGGACGUUAAAGAAGCUUAUUACAGAUGUAAACAUUGCUGUUGCAGUUGAGGCUGUUCAAGCUCUUGGAAAUCUUGCCAAGGGUCUGAGAACCCAUUUCUCAGCCAGCUCUCGCUUUGUAUUGCCUGUUUUACUGGAAAAACUGAAGGAAAAGAAGCCUACUAUGACGGAGGCAUUGACACAAACUCUUCAGGCAAUGCACAAGUCUGGAUGCUUGAACCUCGCUGACAUUGUUGAAGGCAAGAUUUAUUUAUAUAUUAAGACAGCAGUAAAAAAUAAAGUUCCUCUAGUGAGGUCACUGACGAUGAAUUGGGUUACGUUUUGUAUUGAGACGAGCAACAAGGCUACUAUAAUUAAAGUGCACAAGGAAUAUGUUCCAAUCUGCAUGGAGUGCCUUAAUGAUGGGACACCUGAAGUCAGGGAUGCAGCUUUCUCAGCUUUGGCAGCUGUUGCUAAGAUGGUUGGUAUGAGACCCUUAGAGAAGUCUUUGGAGAAGUUGGAUGAUGUUAGGAAAAAAAAGUUAUCUGAAAUGAUUGUGGGUUCAGGGGACCCAUCCACUGUUCCUAGCUCAGCUGCAGCUCAAUUAUCUGGGGGAAGUAUGCCUAGUACCGAGGCCUCAGAUGGAUCAUUUGUUAAAAGAUCAGCAGCUAGCAUGCUCAGUGGGAAGAAGCCUAUUAAUGCAGUUCCUGUUGCGUCCAAGAAAACGGCGUCAGGGAAAUCUGGUACCAACAAGAAAAUUGAUGUAGGACUAUCAAAAACUCCUAAGCCCUUGGAACAGGAAGAAAUUGAGCCAUCAGAAAUGAGUUUGGAAGAGAUCGAAACCAGAUUAGGAUCCCUUGUACAAGCAGAUACAAUUACUCAGUUAAAGAGUGCUGUUUGGAAAGAGCGGCUUGAAGCUAUUGUGUCUUUCAAAGAGCAGGUUGAAGCACUAAACAACCUUGAUUCAUCUGUUGAGAUUUUGGUCCGUUUACUUAGUGUUGUUCCUGGAUGGAAUGAGAAGAAUGUACAGGUCCAGCAACAGGUUAUUGAUAUCAUUACGCACAUAGCUUCAACAUCGUCGAAGUUCCCCAAAAAAUGUGUUGUGCUUUGCAUACUAGGCAUUACCGAGAGAGUGGCUGACAUUAAGACUCGUGCUCAGGCCAUGAAGUGCCUUACUACCUUUUGUGAGGCUGUGGGCCCAGGGUUUAUUUUUGAGUGGCUGUAUACAAUUAUGAAAGAUCACAAGAAUCCCAAGGUCCUUAGUGAAGGCUUGAUGUGGAUGGUUUCCGCAGUGGAGGACUUUGGUAUUUCUUUUAUCAAACUGAAGGAUCUAAUUGAUUUCUGCAAGGAUAUUGGUUUACAGUCUAGUGCUGCUGCAACUAGAAAUGCUACAGUUAAGCUAAUUGGUUCUCUACACAAGUUUGUUGGACCAGAUAUUAAGGCGUUCCUCUCAGAUGUUAAACCUGCUCUGCUAAGUGCUCUUGACGCUGAGUAUGAAAAAAAUCCUUUUGAAGGAGCAUCUGCAGUUCCAAAGAAGACUGUGAAAGUAACUGAUUCUACAUCAUCCUUGGCUGCUGGUGGAGUGGAUGGUCUUCCACGUGAAGAUAUUAGUGAAAAGAUCACUCCGACCUUGUUGAAGGGCCUGGAGAGUUCGGACUGGAAGAUACGCUUGGAGUCCAUUGAAACUGUGAAUAAAAUUCUGGAAGAGGCGAACAAGCGUAUUCAACCUACUGGAACUGGAGAUUUAUUUGGAGCCCUACGAAAUCGUUUGCACGAUAGCAACAAAAAUUUAAUCAUGGCAACCUUGAAUACAAUUGGUGCUCUUGCUUCUGCUAUGGGUCAGCCAGUUGAGAAGGCGAGCAAGGGUCUUUUGUCUGAUAUCUUGAAGUGUCUUGGUGACAAUAAGAAGCACAUGCGAGAGUGCACUUUAAGUACCUUAGACGCUUGGCUUGGAGCUGCUCAUCUUGAUAAAAUGGUCCCUUACGUUACAGCUGCUCUCGCGGAUGCUAAGCUUGGUGCAGAAGGGCGCAGGGAUCUCUUUGACUGGUUGUCCAGACAACUUGGUGGAUUAACUGAUUUUCCUGAUGCUAUUCAGCUGCUUAAACCGACUGCUUCUGCUAUGACGGAUAAAUCGGCAGAUGUUCGUAAAGCUGCUGAAACAUGCUUUACUGAAGUAUUGAGGGUGUGCGGACCAGAAAUGGUGACGAAGCAUUUGAAAGAUUUACAAGGCUCUGCCUUAGCUAUUGUUGUUGAAAGGCUGAAACCUCAUGGGGCAUUCCAUGAAAGCAUUGAAUCUGGUAGAUCAAUUUCAGCAAGUGUAUCAUCAAAAAACACCUCAAAGUUUGGAAAAUCCAAUGGUUAUGGUGACCGAUCACGGCAUGGAACCAGAGCUGCGCCUUCAAGAGCUGUUCCUACCAAGGGUUCAAGACAAGAGACUGUGAUGUCUAUUCAAGACAUCAACAUUCAGUCACAAGCUUUGUUUAAUAUUAAGGACUCAAACAAGGAUGAUAGAGAAAGAAUGGUUGUCCGCAGAUUCAAGUUUGAGGAAUUACGUUUAGAGCAAAUUCAAGAUCUUGAGAAUGAUGUCAUGAGGUAUUUCAGAGAGGAUUUGCAUCGAAGGCUGUUAAGCACCGACUUUAAGAAGCAAGUUGAUGGGAUUGAGAUGCUGCAGAAGGCUCUUCCAUCUAUGGGAAGAGAGUUUGUUGAAGUCUUAGAUAUACUCAUGAGGUGGUUUGUUUUGAGGUUCUGUGAGUCCAAUACGUCAUGCUUAUUAAAGGUGCUGGAAUUUCUUCCUGAACUCCUGGACAUGUUAAGGAAUGAGGGCUACACAAUGACUGAAGCAGAGGCAGCCAUUUUUCUUCCUUGCUUGGUUGAGAAGGCUGGACAUAACAUUGAAAAGGUUCGAGAAAAAAUGCGGGAACUGAUGAAGCAAGUUAUUCACUCAUAUUCUGCUGCAAAAACCUUUCCCUAUAUUUUGGAAGGUCUGCGUUCUAGAAACAACAGAACAAGGAUAGAAUGUGCUGAUCUUGUCGGAUUCUUACUGGAUAAUUAUGGUGCUGAGAUAAGUGGGCAAUUAAAAUCCUUGCAAAUUGUAGCAAGUUUAACUGCAGAGAGAGACGGCGAUACCAGGAAAGCUGCUUUAAAUGCUUUGGCUAUAGGAUAUAAAAUUUUAGGUGAUGACAUUUGGAGAUAUGUUGGGAAGCUUACUGAAGCGCAACGAAGCAUGUUAGAUGAUAGAUUUAAGUGGAAGGCCCGCGAGAUGGAGAAGAGGAAGGAAGGAAGGCCAGGUGAAGCUAGAGCUGCGCUAAGGCGCUCAGUGAGGGAUAAUGGUUCGGAUCCAGCUGAGCCAAGUGGAGAAGUUUCACGGUCUGUUAACGUGCCUAUGUUCAACCGGGAGAACUUUGGUCUUCCCGAAGUUCACACAGAUAGAAUUCAAUUGCCCCAGACAUAUAUUGCUGUGGGCCCCACAGAUUGGAAUGAAGCUUUGGAUAUUAUACAACAUGGUUCUCCUGAGCAGUCUGUUGAAGGGAUGAAAGUUGUGUGCCAUGAAUUGGCACAAGCAACAGCUGAUCCUGAUGGCAACGGAUUGGAUGAUGUACUGAAAGAUGCUGAUAAACUUGUUUCAUGCUUGGCAAAUAAGGUGGCAAAGACUUUUGACUUUUGUCUCACUGGUGCCUCUUCAAGGUCUUGUAAAUAUGUCUUGAACACUCUGAUGCAGAUUUUUCAGAACAAGAGGCUUGCUCAUGCAGUCAAGGAAAGAACCCUUGAUAUUCUAAUUACGGAACUAUUGCUUUGGCUCUUGGAUGAAAGGGUUCCUCAGAUGGAUGAUGGCAGUCAACUCUUGAGAGCUCUGAAUGUUUUGAUGUUGAAGAUACUGGACAACGCCGACCGGACUUCAUCAUUUGUCGUGCUUAUAAAUCUCUUGCGGCCUCUGGAUCCAGCGAGAUGGCCUGCUCCUGCAACAAAUGAGUCUCUCAUUGUUAGAAAUCAGAAGUUCUCGGAUUUGGUUGUCAAGUGUUUAAUCAAACUUACAAAGGUCUUGCAAAAUACAAUAUACGAUGUAGAUCUUGAUCGCAUCCUCCAGAGUAUCCAUGUAUAUCUACAAGAAUUGGGAAUGGAUGAAAUACGGAAGAGAGCUGGAGCUGAUGAUAAACCACUUCGGAUGGUUAAAACUGUUCUGCAUGAGCUUGUCAAACUUCGUGGUACUGCCAUUAAGGGUCAUCUUUCCAUGGUACCAAUUGACAUGCAACCUCAACCUAUCAUUAUGGCCUAUAUUGAUCUUAAUCUUCAGACUUUGGCAGCUGCAAGAAUGUUGACGCCAUCUGUACCAGUUGGGCAAACUCAUUGGAAUGACUCGAUUGCCAACAACCCAGCACCUGCGGCACACUCGGCUGAUUCUCAACUGAAGCAAGAACUGGCUGCGAUAUUUAAAAAAAUUGGUGACAAGCAAACUUGCUCGAUUGGUCUGUAUGAGCUAUAUCGUAUAACACAGUUAUACCCUCAGGUUGAUAUAUUCGCACAGCUUCAAAAUGCCAGUGAAGCAUUUCGGACAUAUAUUAGAGAUGGCUUGGCCCAGAUGGAGAGAAAUGCAGCCGCCGGAAGGACACAUGCAAGUGUGCCAUUACCUACUCCACCACCAGCAGCUCUUAACCUCUCUCCAAGAUAUGGCCCUCUUUCCCCUGUAAAUAAUUCAAACCCAUUGACUGACUCACGGAAUAUGAACACAAGAGUUGAACCAACAAAUUUUAGCUUGCCUCCGUCAUAUACUGAGAAUGAUCAGCAUAUGAAUACCGUCACUUCGAAAGUAGUAUCGAGUUACGACCAAUCGGGGCUACAGCAGAAUUUUGAGGAGUCGAGAAAUGACAGAUAUCCAGCUGGUGUCGUAAAUGGAUCUCUAGACGCCAUUAGAGAGAGAAUGAAGAGCAUCCAGUUAGCUGCUGCUGGAGUGAACCAAGAGUCAAGAAGCCGGCCAUUACUACAAGUAAACGGAAAUGCACAUCAUCCGUCCGUUACAGAAGGGCAAACUGGUAAUAGUCAUAUGCAGGGAGGUAUACUUCCUAUGGACGAGAGGGCCUUAUCUGGCCUCCAGGCUCGUAUGGAGAGGUUAAAGAGUGGCUCGUUUGAUUCUUUGUAG